GAGCAAGUCAAGGACUGGGAGGAAUGCCUUGCAUUGCUGGAAGACGCAAAUAACUCUGGAGCUCCUGGUGGUGGGAAGAGCUGGUCCGGCUUCCCGGUUACGCCGGUACCUGGUGGAGGAUUUCUUACGCCCACUGACGGUAUUGCUCCGACGAGAUUGGAUCUGUCCACCCCUACAUUUGGAGGAGCGUCUGAAGAUUCGCCACGGAAUGGAAUCAAGCCAGCAGCGGCGUUCAAUCUGAUCCGCGGUCGCGCGUACGAGGCUCUCGGGAAUCGACCAAAGGCGAUCCAUUGGCUUUCGGCUGCGCUGCAGGCUGAUCCGUUUUGCUCAGAGGCGUUUGACGAGCUGAUGGAAAAUCAUAUGCUAACAACCGAACAAGAGGUCGAUAUGGUCGAGUCUCUCAACAUCCCUGCUGGAUUCGAGUGGCUGCGUCUGCUCUACUCGUGCCGCUGCAAGAAGUAUGGUAGAGAGGACGCAGUGGAGCAACAGCUGAAGCUUCUCGAAGGCCCAUCGCCUCUCUCCAACCAGCCAACCCCCUUGCUGUGUCUAUCUCCUCCCUCCUUCCUGUUCGUCUCCCUCCUCCACCCUGCCCAUGGCAGUGUCUUGGAUCGAGAUCCGCACAACACUCGCUGCAUUCCCACCCACCUGGUAGCAGCGGUGCACCUGGGCAGGAGGAACGAGCUUUUCAGAGCGGCACACCAGCUGGUGGACGACCAUCCCAACACGGCGUUGGCGUGGUUCGCAGUGGCGUGCUACUACUACUUCACUCGGCAGCACGACCAGGCGAGGCGGUUCUUCUGCAAGGCCACCACCGUCAGCGCUGCCUUCGCCCCCGCGUGGAUGGGUUUUGGGCACACGUAUGCGGCUCAGGAGGAGACGGAUCAGGCCAUGGUGGCAUAUCGCACAGCAGUGCGACUUUUCACAGGCUUCCAUGUGCCUCUGGUGUGCAUUGGCAUGGAAUAUGCACGCUCUAACAACCUCAGCUUGUCGUUGCAUUUCUUGGAUGAGGCGCGCAGGCUGUGUCCCUCAGACCCGCUCGUGCAUAAUGAGCUAGGAGUCAUUGCCUACAGGAGCCUCGAUUUCACCUCAGCAGCGCGACACUUUGAAAUGGCUCUGCGGCUGGUGGCUGGUUACGGAGCAGCAGCGGGGGAGGGAGGGGGGGCAGAGAGCGAGGGGGGGAGGGGGAGCUCGAAUGCGGCAGCAGGGCGGCAGGCUGUGGUGGCAGAGUCGCUGGGUCUGUGGGAGUCAACCGUGGUCAACCUCGGUCACUCGUACCGGAAAAUGAGGAGAUACGGCGACGCCCUGAUGGUGUAUGAGCAGGCUCUCUCUCUCCGCCCCAACACUGCCAGCACCUUCGCUGCUAUGGCCUUCACCCACCACCUGCAGGGAAACCUCAUCCCCGCUAUUGAGUUCUACCACAAGGCGCUGGGGUUGUGUCCGGGAGACAGCCUGUCGGCUGAGAUGCUAGGCCAAGCACUGAAGGACGAGUGUGCUCUUAUGUCGACUGCUUCUGACGACCAUGUGGGGCCUGAUGCUGUCUUACCACCACUGAAUGCAUGA